AUGUUGUUCCGACAUGGAUUGUCAAUAUCGCUUGGUGUCAUCAGUGUUAUCAGUUGGAGUGUUGCCGAGAUACCGCAGAUUAUAAGUAAUUACAAUCAAAAAUCCAUUGAUGGUGUCUCUAUAGCCUUCUUAACGACAUGGAUGCUCGGUGAUAUCUUCAAUAUUGUUGGCUGCUUGUUGGAACCAGCUAGUCUUCCGGUGCAAUUCUACGCGGCUGUGGUGUAUGCACUGGCUACACUUGUUCUCUAUGUUCAGUCAAUAUAUUACGGCCAUUACUACCCGCGGUUGAAAAACAGAAGGGAUCAUCAGGUGGUUGAUGUGGAAGAGCCUUUGCUUCAUGCGGAAGCCAAGCGUCCUUCUACCAAAUCUAUGCUAUGUGUUGUCUCUGUCUUCUUGUUUUUUGGAUCUUUCAAUAUGUUAAGUGGUUCGAGGAGUAUGGAUUUGAGAGAGAAAGAUAGAGUGUUUGUUGUUGUUGGAGGAGCAAGAAAGCUUUUGGAUGUCAGUAGCGGUAACUUGGGAGGAGGAAACUACAAUAUCGGAAUGUUGUUGGGAUGGGCAAUGGCAGCUAUUUACUUGGGUGGAAGGUUUCCUCAAAUAUAUAUGACUGUGAGGAAUGGACAUGCUGGAGGAUUGAAUCCAUUGAUGUUCUUCUUUGCGCUUCUUGGUAAUGUGACUUAUGUUGCAAGCAUACUUGUGCACAGUGUUGAAUGGUCGAAUAUCAAACCGAAUCUACCAUGGCUUGUUGAUGCUGGAGGAUGUGCUGUGCUUGAUUUUAUUAUCUUGCUUCAGAUUUUCUACUUCCGUUGUGGCAAUGUCGAUAAAGAUUCCGACAAGAAAAAGGAUGAGACAGGGGAAGAAUCUGUCUAAUGGCUCAACAAAGGCCUCACACAGAUGUGAGUUUUGGUCUCAUCUGACCAGCAAGAUUCAUCUAAUGUAGUAUAGUUAGUUUAUAUUUUCUUCUUUUAAAAGGAUUGCGU